UGAGUAUUCGCUGUUUUCUGUUUCUGAUGUCAUUGUGAUUAGGAUGUGAUGAGGUAUUUCCAUGAUGCGUAGUUGUAUCAGCCUGGAAAAGCAAAACAAGAGCGCGAAGACGUUGAUACUAUAAAUAGCAUAAAGCCACAUCGUCUUGCACACGCCAAAAUGGACGAUAACAUUCUCACAACCCUGAAAUUACUUAUUAUUGGUGAAUCUGGUGUUGGUAAAUCAAGUUUAUUGCUGAGAUUCACUGAGGAUAAUUUCGACCCAGAUCAGACAUUGACUAUUGGAGUUGACUUCAAGACAAAGAAGUUGGAUAUUGAUGGCAGUAUAAUAAAACUAGCUAUUUGGGACACUGCUGGACAGGAGCGCUUCAGAACUCUCACACCUUCUUAUUAUAGAGAUGCACAGGGUGCAAUAUUAGUUUAUGAUGUUAAUAAUGCAGCCAGUUUUACUAAGCUGGAGAAUUGGCUGAAUGAAUUGGACACAUACUCGACAAGGUCAAAUAUAGUCAAAAUGAUUGUUGGAAAUAAAAUUGACAUGAAUAAUAGGGAGGUAAGCAGAGAAGAAGGAUUGAAAUUUGCUAGGAAACAUCAAACAUUGUUUAUUGAAGCCAGUGCUAAGACAAAAGAUGGUGUUGAAUCUGCAUUUGAUGAAUUAGUUCAAAAGAUUAUUCAAACUCCUGGUUUAUGGGAAUCAUACUCUGGUGGCAUCACAAUUGGAGAAAACAAAGAACAUUAUGAUCAGGCUGGAUGUACUGGAUAUUGUAGUUUAUAAUUUAGUAUAUUCUCUUCUGUAAUAUAAUGUACCAAUUAAUUGUAAUGGAUAUUGUGCUUGUGAAUACUGUAAGGGCUGUUGAUUAACUAAAUACUAAUUAAUAUAGACUUCAAAUUAAAUUUUGUUUAGUUUUCUUUAUGUUUUCGUGUUAAUAUGGAAUAUUAUAAACAAGAAUAUUGAAAAA